UGUUAGGAAUGGGCCCCAAACCUAUUAAGUUAGACAGCAGAGUUGUUGAAGGAGAGCUGGAAGCACCUGAUGCUCAUCUCUGGGACAAUCCGCUCCAUGUUUCUGCCCUCUUGACCGCGGUCAGAAUAAAUCUACCUCCAGGCUCCAUCACUGUCGACAACUUUUUGCUGGUCUCCUCCAUGUUUUUUUCUCACCCAAAGAAUAAUUGAUAAGGACACUUUGCACUAGAUUGCCUUUGUUGUUUUUUUUUAAACAGUUUCCGUUUACUGUAUUUAUUUAUUUUUUAAUAUUUUUUUUGGCACUAACGAUGCACACCACGCAAAAGGACACGACCUACACGAAGAUCUUUGUCGGGGGUCUUCCCUACCACACCACGGACUCAAGUCUCAGGAAAUAUUUUGAGGUUUUUGGCGAGAUCGAAGAGGCUGUGGUGAUCACCGACAGACAGACCGGCAAGUCAAGAGGUUAUGGAUUUGUGACGAUGGUGGACCGCUCUGCCGCCGAUCGGGCCUGCAAGGACCCCAACCCGAUCAUCGAUGGCAGGAAGGCCAAUGUGAACCUGGCCUAUCUGGGGGCUAAACCUCGUGUGAUGCAGCCAGGUUUUGCCUUCGGCGUUCCCCAAAUCCACCCUGCGUUCAUCCAGAGGCCUUAUGGCAUCCCGACCCAUUAUGUGUACCCCCAGGCCUUCGUUCAGCCCAGCGUGGUGAUCCCCCAUGUGCAGCCCGCAGCCGCUGCACCUGCCACCGCCACCGCCACCUCUCCUUACAUCGACUACACCGGGGCUGCCUACGCGCAGUACUCCGCAGCGGCUAACGCAGCUGCGGCCGUGGCCUACGAGCAGUAUCCCUACGCCGCCUCCCCGGCCGCACCGGGCUACAUGGCUACCACUGGCUACGGCUUUGCUGUCCAGCAGCCACUGGCUGCCGCCGCCGCCCCGGGGUCAGCCGCCGCUGCGGCCGCGGCCUUCGGGCAGUACCAGGCUCAGCAGCUGCAGGCCGACCGCAUGCAAUAGCAGCGGCCGCAACUGUUGCACAGGCAAAGAGACGGAUGGUCCACUGCUGGUCCCAGCUGAAGUAUCACAAAGAAGACCGGGUCAGCGCCAAGGCUGAAGUUCUUUAAAAGCUGGUGAUGACAAUGGUGAGAUGGGAUAGGAACUUUCCAACUUGCUGUGCUUUAUCUGAACAAAAAAGCUGAAAAUGAAAAAAAGGUUGCAGAACAAACUAUGGAAAUGAUCAGUGUUGGUAUUACUAUGAAUACUAUUCUUAUUGCUAUUGUCACUGGUAGUUUCUAGAGUAGAGUGACAGGAACCUAGUGGUUGGUAUAAUGUAGGCCUUUAAGUCCUAAUGCUGUCUCUAACGUUAGUUUGAGGAAUAGCCUCUUUUUCUUCCACUCGUCAUGUUUCAAAAGUGUUAUUUGGUUAUUUAAAGCCCUCAUAACAUUACUAUUUUAUUUAUUAUUCUUGUUAAUAUCACACAUUGAGGGUCCUCCUUGUAUUUUUCUUUCUGUUCUUUGAGUUAAUGUUUUCUGAUAAUCAGGGAAAUGAAACCGUUUUCCAACGUGUUAGCGAUUUUUAAUUUUUUUUUUACAUUUCUGUCUGGAAGUCGAGGUGUCGUAAAUCGUUGUGUCAAAAACACAUUUGAAGAACUACCUUAAUGAUCUUCCUGAUGCUGAAUGUCCCAUUUCCUUUCAUACUCAGCCUUAACCUCUUGACCUAUGCAAAGCAAACAAAUCAACAAAAGAAAAGAAACAAAACUGAAAAAUGUCAUGAGCUCUGACCAGUCUACAGAGAGAGAGAGGGAGGGAGGGAGGGAGGGGGUUUCGCAGAGACAACAGAAACACUGACAAAAGAGGGGAAGACAAUGACAAACACUAAAUCUGUUGCUUUUCCACAUUUCACUCACAUUCAUGCAUCCAGAGGCUGCAGAGCGCUAAGAGACAAAGGCAGCACAGUGGCGUUGCUCUCUGUGACGGAGAGGGCAGCUGCUGGGGCUGAGGGGGGGGCGAUCGGUGGACGGAGCCGCUCCUGCGCCGCACAGACAGACCUCUCUGGAAAGAACGCAACGUUUGUGCUCGUUUGUUGAGCUGUCACAUUUUAAUCCCCGGCCGAGCCUUUUGGAAACCGACAUUGCACCCCUCAACCCCCCGGCCCCCGCCUCGACCCCAAACCACCCGACCCACCCCCUCCUCUCUCUCUCUUUUUCUCUCUCUCUCUCCAGUCGCAUCAGCAUUUCCAGCUCUGAGGUACGCACUCACACUUUCUCCAAAGCUAACCCGACAACUGACCUGUGUGUCAGGACAAAAUAGGGGUUUUCUCGUUGAUGUCAUGUCGGUCUGUGUGCCUUACAUUUUUACAGCUAUUUAAAUGAGAGAAACACAGAAAAAGGACAAAAAAAAUCUAUUAUUUAAGUUAUUUAUUUUUGCGGGUUGUUGACACUCUAAGAGUAGAGACUUAGUGGAGGUACUGUGUUAUCAAUAUUAUUAUGUACUCAUCUCAAGGCAAAUAUAAGUUAUUGAUUAGUUUACUAUCAUUAUUAUGAUGAUUAAUUAUUAUUAUUAUUAUUAUUAACAUGCUCAACCAAAAAUAUUGAUGUAGAAGCUAUUUAAUACACUGUUACAUGCACUGUACUUUUUAUUUUUUGGACUUUUUAGAACAAAACAUUAAAUAAUAGCUUCGUGCAUUUAAAUGCAGACCUGUUUGCAUACAGGUUGACUCUGAGUCUUCUUCGUUUAGCUGGGAGGAAUUAUUAAGGAGUUUUACUAAAAAAAAUUUUUUUAAAAAGAGCAAAAAAAUGCUGCUUUUUAUCUUCUAGAAUGUAUAGCCGCCGUCGGGGUUUCAGUAGCUUCUGUUGCUUCGUAUUCAUCAAAUCAGUUGUUUUACACUGUUGGGAAUUUUUUAUACUUGAACUUUUUCUUACAAGGGAAAUAUGUAAAAAAAAGUAAAUGACAAAAAAAACAAACUUUUCAUUGUCAGUGGAUGAAGGCUUUUAAAGCGUUUAUGAUAAACCUUUACUUCAGAAUUUCAACCGCAUGUAAUCGAAGUGAAAUAAAAUGUUCUAUAUUUGAAGAAAA